AUGACUGAGGAUGAUCCAAACGCCUUUCUGUCGUUUCUCCACGAUCAGCAACACAACCUAUUUCCUCAGAGGGGCGACGUGGACAGGAACACUGAUGAAGACGGACAGGACGGGCAUAGACAUGCCGGGGAACAAGGAGCAGAAGAUGAAGAAAUCGACUCAGAUGUCGAAGUGCAUGACGACGACGAUGAUUUUUCCGACGCAGGUGACCACAUCGACGUGCAGGAGGAGCCGGAGAUUCCGGAGGAAGAGGUGGUGCAUCAAGGUGACGACGUUCUGGACGAGGAUGUUGACAUGGCAUUACAAAGUGAAGACGAGGAGGAAAUAGGUCAACUUGUGAUGCAAGAAGACAGCAUGGAGCUACAAAGCCACGACGAUCUUGAGCUCCACGAACCGGACCCCAUUGCCGGUUUUUCCGAAGUGGAUGUUUUCCUGCAAUCCGCACGUCCCGUGGACGCGAUCGGAUUGAUGAAGCAGAAAAGAGGGAGAAACGGGAAAAACUACAACUUUCAGCAGCAGAGCCAGAGGUCAGGUGUUGGCGGAUCAUCAUCUGCAGCUCCUUUGAAGAGCGCGGCACCACGAGGACCUGUAGUGGGUGGAAAUGAAGAAGCUGGCCCGUAUCAUCUUCACGACGAUGAAG